GCUAGUCGCUCCGCGACCGUCUCUGGACGCGGACGGAAGGUGCCGAAGGUCACGUCGCGACCCUCAGGAAGUUGUAGCCCCGUUUCCGGCUUCGAAUCUCUCGCGGUGACGCCGGAAAUUCGUUGGAUCUCCUCGAUCCCCUCUUCCGGGGAUUCUUCGGCUCUAGCUCGCCCUGGCCUGCGGACUCGUUCCUCUUCGGGAGCCUCUCCGCGGUCUGUCGCGGAGACGGUGGUACCCCGCGACCCCGCGCUAUGUGGUUCGCCGGCUGUCAUUCCGGCGCAGGAAGUGCGGCUAACGGGGUUCGCCACGAGACCGGGUACGAUGGCUUCGAUCGGUAGUUGGCUCCGAUACGGAAUUCGGUGGGAGGUCCGCGAGAGUGGUGAACGCCCUUAAUCGAGGUGAUGCCGAAGGAAGCUUGUACCGGGCUGCUGAUCGUGACACUGGUGCUGGUAGGCAGCCUGUCCCGCCUCGUAUGGACGAGGAGGACCUCUCCAGGGUCUCCUGGGUCUUCGGGGAGGCAGCCGAUCUGCAGGGCGGGCCUGGAGUUCUGGUCGGCGGAGCGGCUCGGCUGCGUGCCCUGCACGAUAUGCGCCCCGGACGUCACGGUCAGUCCCUGCGCGAUCCACAAGGACGCGACCUGCGGCCCGCUCUCCGCCCUGGAGCUAGACUGGUCGUUCCUCUCUCGAGGACGAAAAAAGGAGUCGGAAGCGCCCCUGGACUCGAGGGUCCUCUGGCCGUUCCCGGGGGACCGGGAGCAGCGGCCCGGCCCCUUAGACGACGUCCUGCUGGAGCUCGCCUCGGGUGGCGAGAGUACCGGGAAGCUCGGCGACGAGUACGAGGAGAGGUGGAUAGAGGACGUCCUGGAGAGGCGAUCCGACCGAGAGGAGACAGGGACCUACUGGGACCUGCAGACCGGUACCCUGAUCCUGGCGGUCUGCGCCUGCAUCCUUUUCUUCACGGUCGUCGGCCUGUCCGCCCUCGUGUACGCCAGGCAAUGGCGCAGGAUGAAGAAGAACUUCCAGCCAGCAGGCCUCGAAGAGAUCUUCGCCACGCUGAACUCGAUGGUGAAGGCUGAGCUGGCGGAACUCCCGUCGGAGGACCCGACGAGCGCUCACGAUCCGGAGAACGGGUACCAGUGCCUGGAGAAGCUCCUAGACCGAAAGCCCGCGACGCUCGGCUGGCGCGAGGACGGGGGUAACCUGUACAUCGAGGAGGGCAACAACUCGGCGAGCAGGCACCUGGACAUCGUCCAGGUCCACAGGAACGUCGAGAGGACGAGUAACGAUAUGUGACCCCGUAGGGAGGAGUUCUCGCCCUCGUCCAAGUACAACUGUACAGUAGUAGCUCUAUGAAAUUACCAUUACCGACCGGUUAAACCGGACCGUUCGUGCCUCUACCGGAGGUCGUCACUUUCUGGGUAAGGAUGGCGAGUCACCCCCUCGGCUAGAAAGGCCGAGACGUACCUAAAAGCGAGUAGGAGGAGGUAGGACGAGCAAACCGUUCUUCAUCGUCGUCGUGCCAUGCAGCACGCGUCUAUAUACAUAAUGGACAUGUUAUGUAUUUUAGCUUGUACCCAUUACACCGUAAAUAACAUUGACAAUAAUUGCCAUACUUGCAGUUAAAUAUAGUUUGUUUUGUUUACUCUUUUUUUUUUUUAAUUAAUAUAUAUAUAUAUUUUAUAUAUAUUUAUAUAUAUAUAUAUACUAUGUACCGAAGAGAAACAUCCGCUACGGGUAGGGGUGCACCUAAGGCCUACGGAGGUUGCAUUCAUCAUAUUUUCGCACACCUACGCGCUCGUAGCUCCUCUACCUCCUAUUAUUCUCUAUAACUUUAAGACUAUGUUCUUUGUAAACGUGAUCACAGUGUAAGGCGCUUCUCGAACUCGAACGUGGCGUCGAGCACGCGUAUAUCUCUGGUACCAAUAUACAUAUGUAACAUAUAUAUUAUAUCGUAUCUCGCGUAACCCGAAGAAAUUUUCCGGGGAUUUUCAAUCCCCGCGCGGUUCUCUCUUCCGACCUCUCGCUCCGAUCCGCCGUUCGGAUCGCUCCUCUCUUAUCAACAAUUUAUCGCAUCCCUAUCUACACGCGCGACUUCUACGCGCCGCCAGAUACGAGGCGAUCGUUCCGAUCAGGCACUUUAAAAUGCUCCCCGCGGUUUGCGUCGAAACACUCAGAAAAAUAUGAUGAACACGCUGUUCGUUACGUUAGAGGUAAUUCUAAAAAGGUAAUUCGUGGCGAAUGAUGCUAGGUUCGGCCGAGAACGGCGAGGGAUCGGUACCGCGGCCCGGACAUUGACGAUAAAACGUGGAAAUAAAUGUGCCCAUAAUUAUAUAUAAAUAACCUGGCAUGCGAAAAGCAUCCGCAGCCCGACUGGGAACGGUCCUUGACCAUUAGAUUCGACGGUUAAAAUAAAAGUCCGACUUGCGACCUCGCUCCCGAUCUCGCCGAGGUCUAGCCUCCGUCCUCCUAAACGCUCGCGUUAUAUCGGAUCCAGCCCGUUCGUCCCAGACUCUCUAUUCAGUCGAGUGUCACAUUUCCACGGUGAAAAACAAAAAGGGGGAAAAAAAAAAAAA